AUGAAAGCUUUAUACGUCUAUGGGCAGUUGCCUCUUCAAACUCUGCUUAUAGUCAUGGAAGCAGUAUUUUGGAUUUUUACAUAUUUCUUAGUAGAACUUCUUUCUAUUAUUGGUAAUAAUGAAACUCAAAUUGCCACAAUUCUUGUUAGUCUUUCUGGAUUAUUAAAAUUUACCAGUGCAGAAGCCAAACGGGCCCGAAUGAGGAAAACGAAAAGCAAUGACUACUCUUCAUCUUUUAGCUCAGGUUCAAAUUCAACCAAUAGUUUUUCUCAAACAUCAUCAUCAUCAUCAUCACCAGCAGAUUUCGAAAUGAGAAGUAUUGAUAAAAAUAGUUAUAAUGAAUAUGCAGCCGAAGAACGAAUGGGAACUGAAGAUAGAUUAAUUUCACCUAUACCCCAAAAAAAAUUCCGGUUUUUUGUUUUAUUUUUAUUUGUCUUUACUAUUUUAUCUUCAACUUAUGGUUCCAAAGCCUUAAAUUUGAUUUUUUCAAACAGUGUUAAUCCAACUUACUCUUAUUCUCAAGCAUCAAUCCGUGAUGCUUCUAAAAUGUUUUUAAAUUCCACUUCUAAUAAUUCACUACUAAUUCCAAGUGAUUUCGACAUUAAUUCUCGUUGGACCCGUAGUCAAAUAAUGUACCAUACACUUGCAAAUUAUAGCAAAGUGGAAUCAUGGGAAAAAACUUUAAAAAUACCUAGUGAAAAUGAAAUAGGAUUUGCAAACUCAUUUUAUAUUAGAGGUACAGUUUUUUUCAAUUAUUCUGAUCCAGUAUCUGGUAAUUAUUUGACUUGUGGUAUGAGAGAUAAAUGGAGCGAAACAGUUUUGAAUAUGGGAGGGGCCAACAUUAUAAAAUUAAAUGUACCUGCUAUUCCCAUUUACCCCCAAAUUAUGUGUUCAAAUACCACUUCAGAUGGCUCUGGCACUGACAUGGAAGAAUUGGAUCAUUUACUUAAUCCUAAUACAAUUAGCAAUGUUGGUGAUAAUUUCACUAUUUUUGGAGUCAAUUGGGAUAAUCAAACUAUUUAUGCUAGCACUGUUAUCUAUCGUGGUACGGAAUAUCUUGAAACAGUUGUUGGUAAAAAAAAUGAAGUUGAUGAUGGAUUUUUUGAUUAUUUAACUGGAUUUUUUGAUGACUUAGGAUGUGACUUGUCUUCACCUGAAACUAAUUCUCUUUUCAACAUAGAUAAUAAUCAAACGGCACAUUAUGUAACAUACAACGUUACCGAAAGUCUUUACAAUUUCAUCGACUUAUACUACAAUACAGACGUUAGUUUUGUUUUAAGUUUUACUUUAAAAUCACCAAAUGAUACCUAUUCUAGUAGAGGUCAUCUUUAUAAUAAAGUCACUCUUGGAUAUCAUAGUGAUGAUGAUUUAUUAAUAGUUACCCAAUCUAAAUUCUUAAGUCGAGUUUUACAGUAUACUUUUGAAUUGAAAAAUAGCACUAGUAACUUUAACAACAAUAAUACUUCUACACCAUCAAUUAUCAAUAAUGUUCAGAUUCUUCCAAUUGUUUAUGACAUUAAAGUAACACCGUUUGUUUUUGGAGUACUUGGCAAUGUUUUUAACAUUAAAAUCGGUAAUCCCAAAAAAGUUAAAUUUCUUUUCCCUGAUCAACUUAGGUAUAAUGUUACUCCUAUUGUUUUUACUAUAUUUGUUGUUGGUUGUUGUGCUUUAUUAUUAUUUAUUAUUACAAAAAUCAUUCUUUUUAAGGUUCCUCAAGGUAUUCCUUCAAUCUAUUCUUUGUUACACUUGUAUCAUGAAAGAAAGUUAAAAGUUGAACCUCCAUAUGAUGCUGAAGUAGAACGUCAAACAAUUUUCAAAAUCAUUGAUAAAGCUUAUGAUGGUGUUGGAUAUGAUGGUGAUUCACAAAGAAAUAGAAUUGGUGUUAUUGAUGAGGCCACUUAUAGAGUGGGUGUUAAGAAAAAUGGUGUUAUUAAACCCAGGAUUAUUAAAUAG